AAAGAAUAGAGAAAGCAAAGCAUCCCGAAGGAGUGGCACACAAAGUGUUUGCAUAACUUAACUCGCCAUAGCCACCCAUUAACUACUUGCCUCAACAAAGGCAAGGACUGAAGAAAUGGAUAUGCGGGAUGAACAUCCACGUUUUUAGUGUGGCGGCACUGCCAAUUGAGGCGUGGUCGCGCCAUUUUGUCAUGGAUUCCGUCCAGACAGCCCAGUGUAUCGUGUGUUCCGUCGUCGUUUGCGUCCUGCUCAUCAUCACGGGGUUCCUCAUAUUCAUCUUAAGUGUGUAUGCUUUUGCCCCCCUUAUGGAUAAGGUGCAGCUCCGUCUUAUAGAGACUAAUGUGACCACCACAGAGAGGGACCCCAUUUACGAUUACGACUAUAGUUGAGGUGGAGAGAAAACUUUCCCUAUACUUGUUUAAUUUUUGAUUAAAGAUUUCAAGAUAUUCACUCUAAUAAUUGACUUUGUACUCAUUAUAAUUAUCCUAUUUUUGUCAAUUAGUUAUAAAUAUAUAAAUGACACCUACCUAGUAUGGUAAUUCGUUACCGUAAGAUAA